AUGCCACACGAAGGAGGCACGAGGGCUCGGAUACUGCCAGGUUGCCCAAGCCUAGACAGGGGAGGUCGAGUGGCAGAGGCCGGAUUCGAACCACGGACCUUCCGGUCAAGGUUGUUGAUCAGGUGGCUGUUGAUCUGUUCGCCGAGCUUGACAAUUGGCUUGCAAACGUNGUACGAGGAGACAUCAUCAGUGUGCAUUUGGGUGGGUACUUCUUCCUUGCCUGUGUGCGUUUAUAUAGCAUUGGAAGGCUAUCCGUUAUCUUCUGAUGUGUAUUCUUUAAACCAUCCAUUGAUGGAGAGCAGCUUGAAACUUCCGCCUCAAGAGGCACAUUACGGUACUGACUGUCCAAGUGUGGAAAAAGCCACACAUUUUCCAUCAGUAUACGAAGCAACUCCGUCUUUCAUCGGGUGUCAAAGUAAACGGAUGACUUCGACAACAAUAUAG